GGUGUGUGUGUGCCUGUGUGUGUGUGCAGAUAAAGCUCACACACUACAUGACCUUUUACCCGGAGGUGUGUCUGACACAGAGCUCCUGAUCGAGCUGCAGGUUGCCGUCUGAGGAACAGAGUGUGUUUUUCACAAAGACGCUAAUUUUCCUUCGAUAACGUUCCACUUUCACAUCAAACAUUUCCACGGUUUCUUUCCUGGAUCUAAACCUUCGAGUUCCUUCUGCAAAAAUCAUCUUUGUUCAUUUACUGCUGAAGCUAGAAAGCUAAUGAUCAGAUUAACGAUGCCCCGCAGCGUGAUGGACUCAGUGAUGUCGUCUUGGGCGUCCCUCUUCCUCGUCCUCCUGUUCUUCUUCGUCGCUCCCUCCCUCAGCUCCAUCAUGUAUCACCUGCGGGAGGAGCAGCCGCCCAACACGCUCGUCGGCAGUUUAGCAUCAGAUCAGGGACUUCCUGAUUCCGGUCACCUGUACAAACUGGAGGUGGGCGCCCCCUACCUGCGGGUGGACGGGAAGACGGGCGAUAUUUUCACCACAGAGGUUCCCAUCGACCGCGAGACGCUAAAAGACUGUCGCAACCUGUUCGAGGGCGACCCGUGCUUCCUGGAGUUUGAGGUUUCCAUCACAGAUCUGAUGAAAGGUUCUGGCCCGCGGCUCAUCGAAGGCCGGAUCGAGAUUCAAGAUGAGAACGAUAACACGCCACAGUUCUCAUCACCCAUCUUGUCCAUAUCCAUUCCUGAAAACACCCUUGUGGGGGCGCUGUUCGCCAUCCCCGUAGCCACCGAUAAGGACACGGGCAGUAACGGAAUCGCAGAUUACUCGCUAACGACGGGCUCCGACGCAGUGUCUCUGUUCAGCCUGCAGGUGGCGGAAAAUGCGGAUGAGAAAGUGCCGCAGCUGAUCGUGAUGGGGAAUCUGGACCGUGAACAGCGCGACUCGUACGAUCUCAACAUUAAAGUGGUGGACGGUGGGAAUCCUCCACGCUACAGCAGCGCCCUCCUGAGGAUCACCAUCACCGACACCAACGAUAACGUGCCCAAAUUCGAGCGCUCGCACUACGAAGGGGAGCUUGCUGAAAACAGUCCUGUGGGUCACUCGGUCCUGCAGGUGAAGGCCAACGAUGCUGAUGUGGGAGAUAACGGUGUGGUCACGUACAUUCUCUAUCAGGCACCGACCAUCGUGCAGCACCUCCUCAGCAUCGACAGAAACACCGGCAUCAUCUACGUCAAAGGUCCAGUGGACCGUGAAGAAGUGAAUCUGCUCAAAUUCUACGUCCAGGCCAAAGACAACGGCCCGCAGGCCAAGAGCUCCAAAGCCCUGGUGACCAUCACAGUGAAGGACAAGAAUGACAACGCACCUUCCAUCAGGAUCCGCGGAUUUGCCCUGGUGGCUCAUGAGGAUGGGAUUGCUAACAUUUCUGAGGACAUGCCUGUGGGAACUCCCGUGGCUCUGGUGGAAGUGACAGAUCGGGACGAGGGUGAAAAUGCAGUGGUGACUUGUGUGGUGGCGGGAGAUGUACCUUUCCAGCUUCGUUCAGCAUCAGACACAAGUCGGAGGAAGUAUUUCCUGCAGACAACAACACCACUGGAUUACGAACGGGUCAAGGAAUACAGGAUUGAGAUUGUAGCUGUUGAUUCAGGGAACCCGGCUCUUUCCAGCACCAACUCUCUAAAGGUCCAAGUAACAGAUGUGAAUGAUAACGCUCCGGUUUUCUCCCCGUCAAUGUAUGAGGUGGACUUUCCAGAGGAGAAUCAGCCAGGCGAUAAGGUUUUGGAUGUAGUAGCCACCGAUGCAGACAGCGGCACCAAUGCCGAGCUCACGUACAAUAUUAUCUUAGACUCAGCCAUCAAGGGCCUCUUUGAGAUCAACCGUAACACAGGAGAGGUCAGAGUGAUGGACCAGUUAGACCGUGAAUACAGAGAACGCUAUGAGUUUCAUGUUGAGGCAUCUGAUAAGGGGGUUCCCAGCAUGAGGGGAACUGCAACAGUUGUGGUUAAUGUGCUCGACCGCAAUGACAACGAUCCCAAGUUCAUGCUAAAUGGCUACAGUUUCUCUGUCCUGGAAAACAUGCCUCCACUCAGUCCUGUGGGAAUGGUGACUGUCAUGGAUGUUGACAAAGGUGAAAAUGCUCAGGUUCACUUAUCAGUGGAACCAGACAACGGAAAGUUUGUGAUUCAGAACGGCACAGGGACUAUCCUCUCGAGAAUUUCCUUUGAUCGGGAAAAGGAAAGCACAUACACGUUCCGUCUAAAAGCUGUUGAUGGAGGUGAUCCUCCUCGCUCCUCUUAUGUGGGAAUUACAAUAAACGUCCUAGAUGAAAAUGAUAAUGCACCUUAUAUCACCAAACCUUCCAACUCCUCGUACAAGUUUCUUCCACCACUGACGAGCCCAGAUACGCGUGUGGAAAAAGUGGAAGCAGAGGACAUUGAUACGGGAUUGAAUGCGGAGUUAGACUACACCAUCAUGGGUGGAAACCCUCAUGGACUUUUCCGCAUUUCUCCAACAGAUGGUGAGAUUACGCUUGUCAAAGAAUUCACCCGGAAGCAUAAUGGUCUCCACCGUCUGGUCGUAAAAGUCAGUGACAAGGGAAAACCUGCCAAGCACACGACAGCGCUGGUCCACAUCUUUGUAAAUGAGACAAUCGGAAACGUCACAUUGGUGGAAUCACUGGUCGGCCACAGUCUCUACACACCUCUAGAAAGGGACAUCGCUGGAGACCCAGAAUACGCGCGCGUCCAGCAGAGCAACAUUGUGUAUGGAAGCCUUGCAGGGAUUGCCGGGGUCAUCCUGGUCAUUGUGGUGGUGGUUGUUAUCCGGCACCGUCUGCAGAAGGAAGCCAAGAGUGGAUACCAAGCAGGAAAGAAAGAGUCCAAAGAUCUCUACACACCCAAGCAAGGAACCAAAAGCAGCAAGGGCAAAAAGGGUAAGAAGGGCAAGUCUCCAAAACCAGCAAAGUCCUUGGAGGAGGAUGAGGAGGCAAGUCUUCAGAAAGGCUUAAAAUUCAACCUGAUGAGUGACAAUGAUAGUCCCAGGAUUCAUCUGCCCCUCAAUUACCCUCCCGGAAGCCCCGAUUUGGGGAGACACUACCGGUCAAACUCCCCUUUGCCCUCCAUUCAGCUGCAGCCACAAUCCCCUUCAGCUUCCAAAAAGCACCAGGCUGUUCAGGAUCUUCCGGCUGCAAACACCUUCGUAGGGACUGGAGACAGCAACUCGACCGGUUCUGAUCAGUAUUCGGAUUACAGCUACAAGACCAACCCUCAGAAAUACAGCACCAAACAGCUGCCGCACCGCCGUGUGACCUUCUCAACAGCCAAUCAGGCACAGGAUCUGCAGGACUCCUCCCAGCACAGUUACUACGACAGCGGAUUGGAUGAAUCAGAAACACCGAGCAGUAAAAGUUCUUCAGGGCCGAGGAUCGGACCGCUGGCGCUGCCCGAGGAUCACUACGAGAGGACGACUCCAGACGGCAGCAUCGGAGAGAUCGAACACCCCGAGAACGAUCUGAGGUCGCUUCCCGACGUGGCGAUGACAGGGAACUGUACUCGUGAGUGCAGUGAAUUCGGACACUCAGAUUCCUGCUGGAUGCCGUCACCAAAUCGCAGCAACAAAAUCUCCAAGAGUGCAUCGAAACUCUCCACCUUCGUGCCUUACCAGGAGCGGGAGCCUCAGGAGACACUGAUGGCCAACGGAAGCCCCAAGCCCAUGGGGGAGGAACUCGGUGGCGGGGCCACCAACAAAAUGCCCAGCAUCCGCUUCAUGGCCCCUUACACUAGUGCCUACUCCGCAGCUGGCGAGGGGGCGAAGGAGUGCAGCAUGGAGGAAAUCCCGCUGAGUCAAACGGCAGCGACCACACCCUCCAGCCAGGGGUCCAAGAGAGAGAUCUACCUGUGAAGAGUGAAGAGAGAGUGAGCGAGGGGUCAUUUAGGGGUCAUCAGGGUCAUCACCAUCAACCCAAGUCCACACAGGAUUUGCAGCAAGACCAAAACACUGGAACUGAUCAAUCAGAAACUAGUCAGCUAAUGAGAUCAGCCAGGUUUAAAGUCAUUGGGGUCCUGAAGGUCCUCAUUAGGAUCGUUAAGGUCAUUAGGUCUUUAGAAUCCCUUCCCUCCACCUGAGUGCACAUGAGAUUUAGACCAGGACUAAAUAAAAAGCUGAAUGUGGUGAGUCAGGUCUGGAGAAUUUUAGGGAUUCUAACAUUGGAAUUUGGACAAAGGGAGCUGUAAUAAAUUCUAUUAGUCCUGACCCCACCCCUUACCCAAACCCCGCCCCAAGCAACUAAACAAUCCCUCACCCUGACCUUAACCUUGACCUGAACACAGCUGGAGCAUUGACCCACCAGAGCUCCAGAUGUGCUUUUUACCCACAAUCCUCUCCAGGUGUCAGAGGAAACACUACCACCACCAUGCUUCUCCUGUUCUCUCACUUCUUUUCCUUCUUGAAUCCAUUUUGUACUGAAGCAGCUUCGUUAGUCGACUUUGGGAAUAUCGAAUGAAGGAUCCAUUUUACAUGAUUUUAACUCUGAUUCAGAAUGUAAACAUUUUUAAUCCAAUUUUUGUGAUAAUGUAAUGUAUGCUGUAUAGGAACGGAUAAACAUGAGUUUAGGUUAAAUUACUGAAGUGUAAGUGCACAGAGUGUCCCCUUAAUCAGCUACAGCUAGGGCACUCCGUCUAUCUGCUUAAUCCAAUUCGCUGAAGGACACACACUGAACACACACACACACACACACUGCGUUUCUUACAAAUGAAAAGAAAAACUCUGAGAUGGAGAGAAACGCUCCCUCCUGGUGUACAGUUCUGUAAAUACGAUCUGAACAUGUGUGUAUGGGUGUGUGUGUGUGUGAAGUUUGGAGAACGAUGGAUCUUUACCAGAAACGAUGGAUUUGGGACAAAACCAAAUGCCUGGGGUUCACAGCGAAUGGAAAGCAGCAGGUCAGUGUAAUGCGAUUAGUCAGGACUGAAACGUUGCCACGUCGUCCUGCAGGCUCCUGCGUCGGGGUCACCAUGGAGACCAGGUGGCUCCCAAACACACUUUCCACCACAAACUGUCUCUCUGUGUAAAAAUACAGAGCCGGCGAGUGUGAGGAUGAAAGAGCUGUCUGACAACGUGUGUUACAUUCAUGUGUCUGUGUGCAUAUGUGUGUGUGUGUGUGUGUGUGUGUGUGUGUGUGUGUGUGUGUGAGAGAGAGAGAUCAAAUGAUUAAGAGACUUCCUGUGCUGUGAUUGGUGGAUUAAACCCGGUGUGACACUCCCUAAAUGGAGGAAUGAUGUGUACAGUUUAGGACGGUGAAGUGUGUUCAUCGUGAGUCCUAGCAGGAAUAAACCACAUUUAUGGGUGUUUACACACACACACACACACACACACACAGACACACUUUUUACAUUAAAAUAUAAAAACGUGUCCCAAGCCACACACACACACACACACACUUAUUCACUAUUCACUAAUCACACCACAUAAACACUAACUAUCCACACUCCUCAUACACUUGAGUGUGUGUGAGAUGUAAACGCUUCCUGACAGCAAUACACUUCCCUGCUCUUGCUGGGAUGCCUGCAAUUUUCAUCCCCAGGGAGAAACACACACACACACUCAUGGGGUAUGUCAAUCAGUUGGUCUGUGAGUGUAUGUGUUUGUGUGCGUAAAAAAAUCAGUUGUCUUAAAAGUGAAGCUGUUGUCGGUUUUGUCAAGAUUGUUUUGUUUUGCAUCAGUCUGAGUGAAUAUGUGUGUGUGUGUGUGUGUGUGUGUGUUGGUCUUACACCAGCACUGACCAUAUUAAAAUUCCCUAUUAAAGGAUAGCAUACAUGCUUUAACCCUUAGAACCCGAUGAGAGCGUGCACACACAAACACACACACACACAUACACACAUCAGAAUGAGGGUUUAUUACAUGGUGACACAGUGAGUAAGGACAGAAGUGUUUACACUCAGAGUGUGUAUCGUGUUUUACUUCCUGGUUCGGCUUCAUCUCAUAUCUCUGUGUCCAAAAACUCACUCCAUGUUUAGUGCAGAUGUGAAAUGUAGAACACACACUCCCUCUGUGCUCCAUGCUGUUGCGUUAAUUUGAAUAUUCAUGAGACAUUAACAUAAAACUGGAAUCUGUGAAUGUUUAAUUAAAACUGAUGUGAUUAUCACAUUGGGUUCUAAAGGUUCUCUGUAGUUCUCAUAUUAUUUUAUGUGAUUAAAUCCCUCAUCACACUCCGAGUGAAUUAAAGCUGAAGCAGGAAGAAGAUGUGAAGGUGUUUGAUGAUAUGAUGAUGUUUAUUUGAUUUAAUUUGAUAUGAUAGUGUGUAUAAUAAUCAUGUGUUUGUGUGUCCUGCUGUUCCACUCUGCACUGUUUUACAUCUUUAUAUUUUUAUUAUUUACACUUUUUAUUAUUUUGACCACUUAUUAUUUUGAAUCCUGAAGCUCGGAUAAGUUUGAAUCUUACUGAGAUUACAUCAUAAUCAUAAAGCUGUAAACAAGCUUUCCUGUUUUUACCAGAAAUUAUUUUUUUGUUGUUUUUAUUACAGUGUCCUCAGUUUGUUAAACAGUUUAUUAAACAUACACUGUCCUGUAUCUCCCACCUCACACACUACAGACACAACUAACAGGGUAAACACACACACGCUCACACACACACACACACUCACACACACACACACACACACACACAUUUCAUUAUAACAACACUGCACAAAACUUCUUUUACUGUCUCACUGUCUCACUCCUGUAUCACUAUCUCACAGCUGUCUCACUCUCACUGUGUCUCACUGCUGUCUCAUUCAGUGUCUUACUUCUCUCUUAUUGUCUCACUGUCUCACACUGCCUCACUGUGUCUCACUGCUGUCUCACUCUCACUGCUGUCUCACUCUCACUGCUGUCUCACUGCUGUCUCACUGUAUCUCACUGUCUCACACUGCCUCACUGUGUCUCACUGCUGUCUCACCCUCACUGCUGUCUCACUGCUGUCUCACUGCUGUCUCACUGUAUCUCACUGUCUCACACUGCCUCACUGUGUCUCACUGCUGUCUCACCCUCACUGCUGUCUCACUGCUGUCUCACUGCUGUCUCACUGUAUCUCACUGUCUCACACUGCCUCACUGUGUCUCACUGCUGUCUCACCCUCACUGCUGUCUCACUGCUGUCUCACUGCUGUCUCACUGUAUCUCACUGUCUCACACUGCCUCACUGUGUCUCACUGCUGUCUCACUCUCACUGCUGUCUCACUCUCACUGCUGUCUCACUGUGUCUCACUGCUUUCUUCAGUUUGGUAGUGUUUUGUUCCAGUAUGACAUCACACACACACACACACACACACACACACACACACACACAGCUUUUGUACGAGUGUGAGAGUGAGGCGGAGACAUGCCCACUCCGUGUGAAGGGGCGGAGCCUGAGCGUGUUGUAUUUAUAUCCUGCUUUGUGAUGCCUUGUUUUUCUUUGUACAGUUUUAUGUACAUGCUGAUGUGGCUUGUUUUCUAUCGGCUGAGAGCCGCAGUGUGUCGCGUUUUUAGAGUGCAUAGUUGAGGAGUAAAUGUCUAAAAUGUGAUUAUUACACAGAUUAUUAUAGUCUCCCUUUUCCUCCUGAAGUUUGUGUUUAAAGAAUAAAGAUCAGUGGCUUUUUAUUUGCUGUUUUUUUGUUGUUCUUUAUCAGAACCGCAUGUUCUACAACAUAAACAAAGACAACGUGAAGAAAAAAAAAAUGUGGUCUUUUAUUUUUUGCUGAGCAAAUCACAGAAAUAUGAUCUUGUAAUUACUCCUUAUAGCUUUACAAUAAAACAUUAUAAACAAAGAAA